AUGGCAAAUAACGUCGAUAUCAAAGACGUCCAGGCCACUCUGGCCCAGUACCAGGGCGACAAAUACGUCGACGGCUGGGCCUCACUCUGGGAUAAAGGCGGCAAGUUGCCCUGGGACAAGGGCUUCCCCAACCCCGCAUUGGAGGAUCUGCUGGUCCAGCAGCGAGGUACUAUCGGCGGGCCCAUCGCCCUGGAUGCACAGGGCCAACCGCACAGACGAAAGGCCCUGGUCCCCGGCUGUGGCAGGGGAGUCGAUGUACUCUUGCUUGCUAGCUUCGGCUACGAUGCCUAUGGUCUUGAAUACAGUGCUUCUGCCGUCGAUGAAUGCAAAAAAGAAGAAGCAGAGAACCGCAACAGCUAUCAUGUGCGCGAUGAGACGGUCGGGCGCGGAAAAGUUAUGUUUGUGCAAGGUGAUUUCUUCGAUAAUGCCUGGCUUCAAACCAUGGGGGUUUCUUUGAAUGGAUUUGAUAUCAUCUAUGACUAUACGUUCUUUUGUGCUCUGGACCCGGCACUCCGCCCUAAGUGGGCGCUUCGACACGUUCAAUUACUGGCUCCGUCUCCGUUAGGUAACUUGAUUUGUCUAGAGUUCCCCCGUCAUAAAGACCCCCUAGCUCCAGGUCCCCCUUACCCUUCCUCCUCAGAGGCCUAUAUGGAGCACCUGAGUCACCCAGGGGAGGAGAUUCCUUACAAUGAGGGUAUUGUGAAGCAUGAGCCUCUGAGAGGACCGAGCAAGGCCGGCCUAGAAAGAGUAGCGUACUGGACACCCAAACGAACCCACGAAAUAGGCCAAGGCGAGAACGGAGUGGUCCAUGACAGAGUCUCCAUUUGGCGUCGACGUGACUAG